UUUGCGUACGCAUGCGGCGUGAACUGUGUUGACUAGGAAUUUUAGGGCCCGUGGGUUAGAGCGUCGAGUCGGGUUGCGUUGGUGGAUUUACAGCUAUAAGCAGGUUCCUGCAACGGGGCGUGUGUGUAGGUUGGCAUUUUUGUGAAGAACAAACAUGCUAGUUCUAGUGCUUGGAGAUUUACACAUCCCUCACCGCUCCAAUGGGCUACCAGCAAAGUUCAAGAAACUCCUGGUGCCUGGACGCAUCCAGCACAUACUCUGCACAGGUAACUUGUGCACUAAGGAGACCCUGGACUAUCUGAAGACACUAUCCACGGACGUCCACAUCGUGCGGGGCGACUUCGACGACAACAUCACCUACCCGGAGCAGAAGGUGGUGAACGUCGGCCAGUUUCGUAUCGGACUGUGUCACGGCCACCAGGUGGUGCCCUGGGGCGACACGGAGGCGCUGGCGCAGGUACAGCGCCAGCUGGACGUCGACAUUCUGAUCUCGGGCCACACGCACAAGUUCGAGGCGUUCGAGCACGAGAACAAGUUCUACAUCAAUCCAGGCUCGGCAACAGGGGCCUGGCAGCCACUGGACAGCAGCGUGGAGCCCUGCUUCGUGCUGAUGGACAUUCAGUCUGGCACUGUGGUCACCUACGUGUACCAGAUGGUUGGGGACGAGGUGAAGGUGGAGCGGAUCGAGUACAAGAAAAACUGAAUGGUGCAGUGGCGCCUGUACUGAACGAUGGGGUACUGGUAUCAUUAAUGUCCUCCCAGGCAAAAAUGGGCAGUGGUUGUUGCAUCACGUAUGAAGGUUUGGUUUGUUGGUGAUGUACGUUUCGGUACAAGCAUUAAAAGUCGGGAUAUUUUGUCAAUAACACAGGCGGUUACUUUGUGAAAACAGUAAGUAAUUUGUCAGGUGUCAUAAGAGCAUGGAACAGUUGUAGCAUAUGCUGGCUACUUAAGUUAAAUUUUGAAAGAAAAUUAUCAAACUAAGCAUGGCAAGGACAGAUAAUGUUGUGGAUUAGCGGGGCCCAAACAUCCAUUUAACGGGCUGUUUUGCUUUUGUCUAGGCUCGUUGCCUUGUGCAUAAAUGCGUGUUCGUUGAUCCGGUGUGAGGUGGGUGACUCGAUACGCCAUUUUCAGUUGCCGAUAUGAAGAUAUCGAAGCAGCUUAUUCGAAUUUCUCCCUAUAGUGUGCAAGUGUCAAUUAAAUGAAUUUCUUUGUUUGAACACAUAUAUGUGCUAUAGCGCAUGAGUGCAUUCAGCGUACAUAUGUAUUGCCACAACCUUCUUUUGAACACCUUUGUAGAAGGUAUUCGUGGAUAUAUUAUAAAUACAAACAAGAAAAUG